GCCGCUUUCCUUCCAACUGCCUCGGCAGGAAUGGGUUCCGCUUCGUCUCGGCCGGGUCGGACUUGUAUCCCGGCCCUGAAUGCUUCGCUUUUUCAGCCGCCAGCGAGGAGGGCAAGGUGCGGGGAGGCCUCCCUUGCCGGGUCGAGUAGCGCUGCGGAACUGUUGUUUCUCGGAACUGGAUAGCUGCUUCUAGGCGGAGCUGGGAGAGCGAACACCCCGGGGCAAGAUGGCGGUCGGGCCUCGGCCGCUGCCCCGGGUUUGGCGGAACUCGGGGGUACUGGGCUGAAGCGGUGGCAGCUGCGGCCCCGGCCCCGAGCGCGGGGGCUUCCGGCGGAUAAAGGUCUACGGCCUGCGGGUAGCGAGUAGGAACAAGGCCGUCGGUUCUCCGGGUGGUGGGGCUGCGGACUCGGCCGAAGGUGGUUUGGGGCCAGCUCGGAGGGGCAGGUGCUGGGCGCUGGCCUCCGGGAGCCCGGGGAGUCUCUCCACCGCCCUCCCCACCUCGCAACAAACUUGGGGUGACAGAUCUUUACCAGCGGACUAAUGCUGGGAGAAAAAGACUUGUGGUUGACGAUACCGAGGAGAGACACCGGGGUUCGGGAAUCGCCCGCACCGGAGUUCGAAUCCUGUUCGGUUGCCGUGUGACCUUGGAAAACAGAGCAAGCUCUUUGGAGCGUGAAGCUGCCCUCAGCCGUGAGGCCUGCGCAGCAUCACUGAUGAUUACCUGACGUCUCUGCAGCACAAGCAGGUCCCCAGGGCGCGUGCAGCUCGCAGACAUGUUCACCGUGUCUCAGACCUCCAGAGCGUGGUUCAUCGACCGGGCCCGCCAGGCGCGGGAAGAGCGGCUGGUGCAGAAGGAGCGGGAACGCGCAGUCGUGGCCAUCCAGGCGCACGUGCGGAGCUUUCUCUGCCGGCGUCGCCUGCAGCGAGACAUCAGGAGAGAGAUCGAUGAGUUUUUUAAAGCAGAUGACGCUGGGUCCAGUAGAAGAAGUGCACUUUGUAUUUUUAAGAUUGCCAGGAAACUGCUGUUCUUAUUCAGAAUUAAAGAGGAUGAUGAGAGAUUCGAGAAGCUGUGUCGCAGCAUCCUGAGCAGCAUGGAUGCCGAGAACGAACCUAAGGUGUGGUAUGUGUCCCUGGCUCUUUCCAAGGAUCUCACCCUCCUGUGGAUUAAACAGAUCAAGGACAUUCUGUGGCACUGCUGUGAGUUUCUUGAGCAGCUCAAGCCUGAAAUCCUGCAAGCCUCCAGGCUCAUCACCCUGCACCUCACCAUGCUCGUCACCUUCACAGACACCGCAACGUGGAAAAUCCUGCGGGGAAAAGGUGAGAGCCUUCGGCCGGCCAUGAACCACAUGUGUGCGAAUAUAAUGGGACACCUCAACCAGCGCGGGCUCUACCCUGUGCUGCAGGUCUUGUUGACGCGAGGCCUGGCGAGACCACGGCCUUGCCUGUCCAAAGGCACUUUGACGGCGGCCUUUUCCCUGGCACUACGCCCUGUGAUUGCUGCCCAGUUUUCAGACAAUCUGAUUCGGCCAUUCCUCAUCCACAUCAUGUCCGUGCCUGCCCUUGUGACCCAUCUUGGCACGGUGACCCCAGAGCGUCUCACGGUUUUAGAAUCUCAUGACAUGCUUCGAAAAUUCAUCCUGUUCCUAAGAGACAAGGAUCGGUGCCGUGACGUCUGUGAGAGUUUAGAGGGAUGCCAUACCCUCUGUCUGAUGGGCAACCUCCUGCACCUGGGCUCCCGCAGCCCGCGCGUGCUGGAGGAGGAGACGGACGGCUUUGUGAGUCUGCUCACCCAGAUGCUGUGCUACUGCCAGAAGUACGUGGCCCAGAAGAAGUCCAACCUGACGCACUGGCACCCUGUCCUCGGCUGGUUCUCCCAAUCCGUGGAUUACGGGCUGAACGAGUCAAUGCACUUGGUAACCAAGCAGCUGCAGUCCCUGUGGGGGGUGCCCCUCAUCCGCAUCUUCUUCAGCGACAUCCUGAGCAAGAAGCUGCUGGAGAGCCAGGAGCCAGCCCACGCGCAGCCCGCGGCACCGCCAAACGUGCUUCCGGUGAAGAGUCUCCUGAAGCGUGCGUUUCAGAAGUCUGCAUCAGUUCGGAAUAUUCUCAGGCCCGUCGGGGGCAGGCGCGUCGACUCUGCAGAAGUACAGAAGGUUUGCAACAUCUGUGUCCUCUACCAGACCUCGCUGACGACACUCACCCAGAUCCGCCUGCAGAUCCUCACAGGUCUCACUUACCUUGAUGACCUGCUGCCCAAACUGUGGGCGUUUAUCUGUGAGCUAGGGCCCCACGGAGGGCUCAGGCUCUUCCUGGAGUGCCUGAACAAUGACACCGAGGAGUCCAAGCAGCUCUUGGCCAUGCUGAUGCUGUUCUGUGACUGCUGCCGGCACCUCAUCACCAUCCUCGAUGACAUUGAGCUUUAUGAAGAGCAGAUUUCCUUCAAGCUGGAAGAGCUGGUCACCAUCUCCUCUUUCCUGAACUCCUUUGUGUUCAAGAUGAUCUGGGAUGGAAUCGUAGAGACCGCCAAGGGCGAGACGCGGGAGCUGUUCCAGUCCGUCCACGGGUGGCUGAUGGUGCUGUACGAGCGGGACUGCCGGCGGCGCUUUGCCCCCGAGGACCACUGGCUGCGAAAGGAUCUCAAACCUAGCGUGCUCUACCAAGAACUCGACAAGGACAGGAAGCGGGCACAGCUGAUCCUGCAGUACAUCCCUCACGUGGUUCCACACAAAAACAGAGUUCUCCUGUUCCGCAACAUGGUUACCAAGGAGAAGGAGAAGCUGGGGCUUGUGGAAACCAGCUCCGCCUCCCCACACGUCACUCACAUCACUAUCCGCAGGUCCCGGAUGUUGGAGGACGGCUACGAGCAGCUGCGGCAGCUCUCCCAGCACGCCAUGAAGGGCGUGAUCCGUGUGAAGUUUGUCAACGACCUCGGGGUGGACGAGGCGGGCAUCGAUCAAGAUGGCGUCUUCAAGGAGUUCCUGGAAGAGAUCAUCAAGAGGGUCUUUGACCCGGCGCUCAACCUCUUCAAGACCACCAGUGGGGACGAGAGGCUGUACCCCUCGCCCACGUCCUACAUCCACGAGAAUUACCUGCAGCUCUUCGAGUUCGUGGGGAAGAUGCUCGGGAAGGCAGUGUAUGAGGGGAUCGUGGUGGACGUGCCCUUCGCCUCCUUCUUCCUGAGCCAGCUGCUCGGACACCACCACAGUGUCUUCUACAGCUCCGUGGAUGAACUUCCUUCUCUGGACUCGGAGUUCUAUAAAAACCUCACCUCCAUUAAGCGCUACGAUGGGGACAUCGCCGACCUGGGCCUGACACUGUCUUACGACGAGGACGUCAUGGGCCAGCUCGUGUGCCAUGAGCUGAUUCCUGGAGGGAAGACCAUCCCUGUCACAAAUGAGAACAAAAUUAGCUACAUCCAUUUGAUGGCUCAUUUUCGAAUGCACACUCAAAUAAAAAACCAGACAGCUGCCCUCAUCAGCGGCUUCCGGUCCAUCAUCAGACCCGAGUGGAUCCGAAUGUUCUCAGCCCCCGAGCUGCAGCGGCUCAUCUCCGGAGACAAUGCUGAAAUCGACCUGGAAGAUCUCAAGAAGCACACGGUGUACUACGGCGGUUUUCACGGGAGCCACAGAGUGAUCAUCUGGCUCUGGGAUAUCCUGGCCUCCGACUUCACGCCGGACGAGAGAGCCAUGUUCCUGAAGUUUGUGACGAGCUGCUCCAGGCCCCCGCUCCUGGGCUUCGCCUACCUCAAGCCUCCGUUCUCCAUCCGCUGUGUGGAAGUGUCGGAUGAUCAGGACACCGGGGACACCCUGGGCAGCGUCCUCCGGGGCUUCUUCACCAUCCGCAAGCGCGAGCCGGGCGGCCGGCUGCCCACCUCCUCCACCUGCUUCAACCUGCUGAAGCUGCCCAACUACAGCAAGAAGGGCGUGCUCCGGGAGAAGCUGCGCUACGCCAUCAGCAUGAACACGGGCUUCGAGCUCUCCUAGCCCCCGGCCCGCUGCAGCCAUGACGCCCCUGCGGCCUGCACACGACCCACACACUCCGGGUGGCGCCCGUGGCCACGGGCUCUUGGGAAUAAAGCUGCAGGUUCCACCCGCCCCGGUCCUCGGGUCCUCUGGUCCUCAGGUCCUCAUCCCAGGGCCUGGAAGCCGAGGCCUGGCCAUGGCCGAGGGGCUGCUUUCUGGAUGGUCAGGGUUUCUGUGAGUCUGUGUGCCCUCAUCCCCUGAGCGAGGUGCCUGUGAGAAGUCCAGGAACCCCAGGCCCCCCGAGCGGCUUCCACGCGGGGCUGUGUGCGCACGUGAGCGCCUCCGUUUCCAUGUCUGAAAACUACUCAGGUCAGGCCUCGCCAAGCCUCUAUGCACCCGUCAGCCUCUGCCUGUGUCUCUGGCCCGUCCUGCCCAGCCCCAGCCCGGCCCUCCUGCCGCUCCUCGGAGCCACGUGGUCCACCCCACGUUCCCCACCCCCUCAUGAGCCCUCAGCAGGCCGGGUCCCAUCCCAAGCUUUCCCGCGCCCAGAGCCUGCUGGCUUCCACGUCUGUCUGGGUAGGGGCUCCACUCCGUGGAAGGCAAACCCCCAAGAGGCGUGGGUCUUGCUGCCAGGCCUCCCUCAGCACUGGGAGCCCAGGCGCGCACUGCCCCGCCGGGCCCCUCCCCCGGGGCUGAGGGAGCAGUGUCCGUCUUCCCCCGGAUGGCGAGGCCUUCCUCCCGGCCCUGUGGGCGGCCUGUCUACCCUGCCCCACCUCAUGCUCCCGUGCGUGCCCCCACCAGACUGAAGCCGAUUGGAAGCCUCUGCCCUGUGGUGCCUGCUCCAGGCCCACUGCGCUCUUCAAGGCUGCAGAGCGUCCUCUAGCGAGAACCUGCGCGCUAGCGGCAAGACCGGCAAGACCCAGCAUCCCCGCAGCCCACCGCGGACUGAUGGGCUCUGGGGCACCAGGAUGCAAAGAUGGCGAGCGACUUAAAAGACAGGAAUUUGUUCGUAUUGAAGAUGUGUUCAUGACCUCUAACUGUGGGCUUUGCACUUUCUUUAACCCACCCUUGGCGCCUUCCAAGAGUUCUUCCGGACCUGUGUGCACUGAGCAAGUCUGUACAUAGAUGCUGGGGCCUGCACGGGGCCACAGGUCCCCAUCCUGAUUGGUGUCCCGAGAAGCCCAGCCAGUGCGAGUUUGGAGCGGGGGGGCUUCCAAGCUCAGCCUCACCUCCACCCAGCUCUCCCCUUGGCGGGGAGGUUGUGACUUCCCCGAGUUCUUCCCAGGAGCAGACGCCUGGGCUGAAUCCGUACUUUUCCGGCAGGCGCUGUCGGCUCCUGAUGGCUGGAAAGAGCUGAGGGCUCCCUUGUUUCUUGUCUUCUGCAUGGAGACGCGGGCAGAGGCUUUAUUAAAUUUGUACUUAGGCACCGUGGUUGCUCGUGGCCUUUCU